UCUGAGUAUAAUAAUUCAACUGAAAAACAGAGAGAUAAGAUAACACUGAAAUUUGAACAUACAAAGAUUUCACAUUCUCAGUUGAAUUUCCAUUGUCAAUUCAUUUCCUAUAUUUAUCAUAAACAAAGAAUAUACUUACUAAAUUCACUUCCAAACAAAAAUUCAUUCAUUCCUUGCAGAUUCAUCACUACUAUCUUAAUCAUCUGCAGAUAGAAAGAGAUGGCUCUAAUAAAUUCUGUUUUCUUCUUUUAAUUUUUUUCUUUUCGUCUAAAAAACCCUUUUCACAUUAGUUGUUAAACUGAUUUCCAGCUGCCGUAAUUGACCAUCUUGUCCUGGGUUUAGCUUCUUGUUGCUGCUGUUGCUCUUUGAACUUUGAAUUCAAGAGGGGGUUCCUUCAAGCACCACAAAAAUAAUCAGUUGAACAAGUCUCGAACAUUGGAGAGUGAUUCGGACAAAAAGAAAAUUGGGACAAGUGUAGGGGGAGGAGUAACAUGAAGUGUUUUGCUUUCUUUAAUGGGGAGAAGAAAGAUGAGCCCAAGACUACUACAAAAUCUUUGUCUGUUAAAUCAUCAUUUUCGGCAUAUACUACAGAUCGUGAUGUAAAGAGAUCUGAAUCUGAGUUCAAUUCUCAAGAAAUUUCGGAUGUUAGCGAGGAGUUAUCAGGUCGAGCUACUUUUCCUAGUUUCUCACAGAGACCAGACAAUCUAAGAGUGUUCACAUUCUCGGAUCUCAAGAGUUGCACGAAGAAUUUCGGACGUUCUGUCAUGAUUGGCGAGGGUGGAUUUGGAUGCGUUUACAGGGGUGUUAUAAGGAGCUUGGAAGAUCCGCAAGUCAAAAUUGAUGUUGCUGUUAAACAACUAAGUAGGAAAGGACAUCAGGGGCACAAGGAAUGGGUGACUGAAGUUAAUGUCCUUGGAGUGGUCGACCAUCCAAAUCUUGUCAAGCUGGUGGGCUAUUGUGCCGAAGACGAUGAAAGAGGAAUCCAACGGCUUCUGGUUUAUGAGUAUAUGCCCAACAGAAGUGUGGAAGAUCAUUUAUCAACUAGGUCGGACACACCUCUUUCUUGGGCCAUGAGACUGAGAAUUGCCCUGGAUGCUGCACGUGGCUUAGUUUACCUACACGAAGAAAUGGAUUUUCAGAUCAUCUUCAGAGAUUUUAAAACCUCAAACAUUCUCUUAGAUGAACAAUGGAAUGCAAAAUUGUCAGAUUUUGGAUUGGCUCGGCAGGGUCCAUCAGAAGGAUUAACUCAUGUCUCAACAGCGGUUGUAGGUACAAUGGGAUAUGCAGCUCCAGAAUACAUCCAAACUGGACGUCUCUCAUCAAAAAGUGACGUAUGGAGCUAUGGAGUUGUCCUCUAUGAACUCAUAACUGGUAGGCGACCUCUUGAUAGGAAUAGACCAAAGGGUGAACAAAAGCUUUUGGAAUGGAUCAAACCUUACUUAUCAGACACGAAGAAAUUCCAUCAGAUAUUGGAUCCAAGGAUUCGAGAGAAUUUCCCAGUCAAAUCUGCCUAUAAGCUUGCAGGUGUAGCGAAUCGGUGUUUAGUUCGUCAAGCAAAACAACGACCUAAGAUGAGCGAGGUGUUAGAGAUGGUGAAAAAUAUUAUAGAAUCAGCAGAACUGGGUGAUCCUGAACCACCCAUGAAGAAUACUUUAAAACCCAUAAACAAUCCUGAAGAAGGUAAACGUAAAAGAAAGAAGCCGAAUCCAGUGAACAUUGAUUCAAAAACUGAAGCAAAUGGUUGGUACUUUUGGCGACCCUGGACUGCAAAAUUUGUAGAAAUCUGUUGAUAACAUUUAUUUAUAAACACAAGAUUAGGGGGUGAAAUAAGUUGUUUGUUAGUUGAGGAAGAAAAGAAGAAGUUAAGAUAAAAGAGCUUAAUAUAGUGUUGUGGUGAAGUGGUGUUCUUUUGUUGUAUGCUAUGAAAUGAAAUACAGAUGUAAUAUAUGUAUUCUAAUUAAGAUAGCUAAAAGGUUAAUAAGUAUAAUGUAUUAUAGUUUUCAAGGUA